AUGCAGGGCGCUACAUCGCCUGCGCUGAGCACGGGGGAGGCAUCCAUAUCCCCCGCCAAGUCCUCAUCAACGCCUCUGCCUCCCGCUGCCCUGCCGCCCAAGUUCCGCCGCAACCGCAUCAACCACUGCUACUUCUACUUCCACUUCUACUACUACGUCCUCUUCGCCAUCGCCAUCACCAUCGCUGGCAUCAGCCGGCGAGGUCGAUAG